AUGAGACUUCAACCACAUUUUGUAAAACAGCAAGAGCUCGUUAUCAAUGCACUCAAACAGUGUAUGCGCAUGUGUAAGGACGAUCCACGAACGCUAGAGACACUCCUGCUUACCUGUGGUCAGUUGGGCCGAACUUCGGAACACGAGGCUUUUCUGGAAGUCAUCCUGGUAUCGCUGAUGCCGUAUGUGGCGAGUACCAGUCUCAGGCUGCGCGCAGUGGCUUGGGCGGAGAUGGCCGGCAGUGCGCGAUGCAGAGGUAUCUUAUCAUCCGCAAGACCUGUGUGA